GUCAGACCUAAAAUAUUCUGAAAAUGUGUGGGAUAUGAUUGGAGCAGGACAGGCACUGUAGGAGGAGCACCAGGACAUUCCCCGCUCCUCUCGCCUAUGUACGUGGGACGAGUCUCAGGAGGCGGCAGCUCGGAGGAGAUUCCUGUGAAAAUGGAAAGAAUUGUUCAUACCUCCUGUCUACACUUCCUUGGUUCCAAUUCACUCCUGACUGCAGUGGAAUGAAGCCUGACCUGGGAAAUCUGCCCUGGGUGACCCUGAGCAGGUUAAUGAACCACUCCUGCCUCAGUUUCUCUACUGUGACUUCUACACAAGAAAAAGCACAACUUAAGGCCAAGUUUUCUGGUGCUUAAGGGUCUCUCAUUCUCUCCCAAAGCUAACUGAUCUUGGGGUUUGCUCCAUUUAAUGCAUGAUCUUCACUGUGCAACUGAAAUAUAUGAAACCUGGAAUUUUCUUCAAACCAAGGAUGAAUUCCUUUAAUUUCAUCAAGUCUUAGUAGCCUCAUUUGAUUACCAGUCACGACGUGAAAACAAAACAAAACCGAAACCUGAUUGCUUUGCUCUGGGAAAUAGUAACCCUGACCCAUACACCUGCUUUCAAGGGACAGAGUAUUACAUGCUGUUUACUUCACUUACCUAGAUAGAUCUAGCUUGCCAGCUACGGAAUGCUAGACUUUGACAGUACUUUCUGCAAGCUGGAAUUAACUUCAAAUGCAGGAGAUGUGAUGGAGCUGCUUGAAGAAGAUCUCACGUGCCCAAUUUGUUGCAGUCUGUUUGAUGAUCCUCGAGUUUUGCCUUGCUCGCACAACUUUUGCAAAAAAUGCUUAGAAGGGAUCUUAGAGGGGAAUGUGCGGAAUUCAUUGUGGAGGUCAUCUCCAUUCAAGUGCCCCACAUGCCGGAAGGAAACUUCAGCUACUGGAGUCAAUAGUCUGCAGGUUAAUUACUCCCUGAAGGGUAUUGUGGAAAAGUACAACAAGAUCAAGGUCUCUCCCAAAAUGCCAGUGUGCAAAGGACACUUGGGGCAGCCUCUCAACAUUUUCUGCCUGACCGAUAUGCAGCUGAUUUGUGGGGUCUGUGCAACUCGUGGUGACCACACCAAGCAUGUCUUCUGUUCCAUUGAAGAAGCCUAUAUUCAGGAAAGGGAUGCCUUUGAGUCCCUCUUCCAGAGCUUUGAGACCUGGCGUCGGGGAGAUGCUCUUUCUCGUUUGGAUACCUUGGAAACUAGCAAAAGGAAAUCUCUACAGUUACUGACUAAAGAUUCAGAUAAAGUAAAGGAGUUCUUUGAGAAGUUACAGCACACAUUAGAUCAAAAGAAGAAUGAAAUCCUGUCUGACUUUGAAACCAUGAAACUUGCAGUUAUGCAGGCCUAUGACCCAGAGAUCAACAAACUCAACACCAUCUUGCAGGAACAGCGAAUGGCCUUUAACAUUGCUGAGGCUUUCAAAGAUGUGUCAGAACCCAUCAUAUUUCUGCAACAGAUGCAGGAGUUCAGGGAGAAAAUAAAAGUAAUCAAGGAAACUCCUUUGCCUCCAUCUAAUUUGCCUACAAGCCCUUUAAUGAAGAACUUUGAUACCAGUCAGUGGGAAGACAUAAAACUGGUAGAUGUGGAUAAACUUUCUUUGCCUCAAGACACUGGCACAUUCAUCAGCAGGAUUCCUUGGAGCUUUUAUCAGUUAUUUAUGGUAGUCGUUCUGCUUGGCCUCCUUGUCUUCUUCAGUCCUACCAUAUUCCUAGAAUGGUCUUUAUUUGAUGAAAUCGCAACUUGGAAAGACAGUCUUUCAAAUUUCAGUUCCUAUCUGACUAAAUCAGCUGAUUUUGUAGAACAAUCAGUUUUUUACUGGGAAGAGUUGAUGGAUGGGUUUUUCAUUUUCAGUGAAAGACUGAAGAAUUUUACUUUGGUGGUGCUGAACAAUGUGGCAGAAUUUGUGUGCAAAUAUAAACUAUUAUAAAAUCUGUUUCAAGUACAUAGUGCUGUGUCUUUUGUUAGAAAUUUGUUAGAAUACAGCAUGAUAGUUCAGAUUUGGUCAAGAUUCCAGUCAGAUCAUUUUCCUCCAAAAGUAUUCCUUUCAAAAAGAAUGUCCUACACAUGUUGAAAAUUAGGUAGCAUAAAGAUAAAAAUGAAAAUUAAUAGUUUAGUCCUGAACCCUCCUUCCUCCUUUUUAAACUGCUUUUGAAAUAAGCACCCUACCCCCAAUAUUGGCUGUGUUUAUGCUGUGGAAAAAGGAGGUGGAAGGGCACGAGACUUAGUAUUGUAUUGAUGAGUGGCGUAAUAAUGAUUGUUCUUAAGCAUGUAAUAAAGACUACUCCUGUAAAGCAA